AUGUCUGCCGCUGACGAAGACAACAACCCGUUCGCCAACUCCGACGAUCUGGCCACGGACAACCUUCCGACGACAGAUCACUUUGCCGUCGUACUUGACUCUGACGGAGAAGCUGCUGUAGUGCCACAGCUGAAGAGCGCGUCCGCGAGCGGGAUCUCGUUCCCCAGCUUCAGAGAUAGCUACGACACAUCGUCAUAUACCGAGGAUGAUCCGGCGUCUGCGCCGCCCUCGAACCAUUCUUACGCGUCCAGGGUUGAGCAACUGCUGACAGAAAACCCCAAUCUCGAGAUCCUGAUUGUGGAUGCGGGAAAGAAUCAUGAAAUUGGUGGGGGGUUCAUUGCAUACACUAUCCGCACCGGCGAUUUAUCUGCUCGUCGUCGGUACUCGGAGUUUGAGAGUUUGCGCAAUGCGCUAGUCCGGUUGUUUCCCACUCUGAUCGUGCCUCCCAUCCCAGAGAAGCAUUCUAUGUCCGACUACGCCGCCAAGCCUACAAAGGCGAAAGAGGACUCCAGGAUCAUCGACCAUCGAAGACGGAUGCUGGCGGUGUUUCUCAACAGAUGUCGUGCGAUGAAGCAGAUCAGAGAGCACGCAGUAUUCCAGAAAUUUCUUGAUCCGAAUGUCAGCUGGAUUGAGGUACUCAACUCUCCUCCUUUGACCCUGAUUCCCAAAUACGUCCUGCGCGCGCCGCCGCUCAACACCGCUGCGCCUACUCCCGCCCACGCCUACUUACCGGUUCCGACAUCGUCCGCACGUCUGCGAGACGGUGACGAGAUGGAGUUUAUGCACGCCGAGCUGAACGCCAAGGAGUACGAGAUAAUCAUGUCGAGUGGGAUCGAGAAGGUAGACAAGCGGCUGCUACGACGUCUGGGUGAUAUCGCGGCCGCGCUUGCAGAGCUAGGGGCGCGAUACAACGCCUGGAGUCUGAACGAGUCCGGCUCGCUUGCUGCGGCGAUUGAAGGAGUUGGGCAGGCGGUGGACGGGACAUAUAUCGCUACCGAGGAACUGAUAUCGUCGCUCUCGUCGUCGUUCGCGGAGCCCUUGGGCGAGUCUGCGCAAUUUGCUGCGGUCGUGCGCUCGGUGCUCAAGUAUAGACAUCAAAAGGCGCUGCAGUUUGAGAUGACGCUGAACUCGCUUGCGCUAAAGCGGAAUAUCCUCGCCGGUCUGGAGCGCACGGAGAUGGAGUCGCAGCGAAUCAACGACUACUUGCUGCACCGGGACCUGAUUCCCGAGGACGUCGCGAGUCCGAUCGCGAGCGUGCCGGAUGUGCCGCUGGAUUCGGAGGAGAUUGCGAAUGCGCCGAGCACGGACGCGUACGCGUCUGCUGUGACUGAGGAGGAGGUCGUGAACGGGACAGCGUUGGCGGAAGCAGCGCCGGCGGCGGCGGCGGCGGCUGAUGAGAGCGGGACGGUGCUGAGGCCGAUGGUGGACGAGGAGUCGUUCCCGCCUACGCAUGCGGACUCGACCAUGCUCUCGCCUCCGCGGCCGGCGAAGAGGGGGAACGGGUUUAAGUUCCCGGGGAUCGGCAAGCUCAGCGACGCGAUCCACGGCAUCGUCGACGUUGAUCCUGAAGCGACGAGAAGGAACAACAUCGGCAAGACAAAGGAGGAGAUUCAUAUUUUCGAGCAGGCUUUGGGCGUGGCUGAUUCCGACUUGAAGCAAGCUUCAGAGUCGGUGAAGGCUGAUCUGGCGCGGUAUCAGAAGACAAAGGAGCAGGAUCUGAGGAGAAUAAUGAUCGCAUACGCGAAAUGCCAUGUAGUGUGGGCGCGCAAAAAUCUAGAGACAUGGGUGGAGGCGAAGCAGAAGAUAGAGAAGAUCAAGGUGAAGUGA